UAUAUAUACUAAUUAAAAGAGUGUACUAGUACUACGUACGUACGUACCUUAAGUUAAUUAUAUUAAUUAUUAACAAAAUUAAUAAUAAAAAUAUAUAUGGCGAUAGCAACAACAAAGUAUCGUUUAGUAGUUGUGACGGUGGUAAGCAGUAUUGUUGUAUGUUUGAUGGGAACAAGCGGUAUGGCACAGUCGACGUUGGCGCAACAAUGCUCCGAGAAGCUGCCGGAGGUGAUGACGUGUGUCGCGUUUGCGUCGGGCAAAGAGGAUAAGCCGCAACAAAAAUGUUGUGAGUCGGUGACGGACAUGAAAGAAAGUAACCCGGCAUGUUUGUGUUUUUUGAUACAACAGAUACAUAACGGAACAAAUCCUGCCCUGCAGAAAAUGAAUAUACAAGAAAGUAGGCUUCUUCAGUUGCCUUCUGCUUGUAAGAUUGCUAAUGCAAGCAUCAGUGAUUGUCCAAAACUUUUGAAAUUGCCACCAAAUUCACCUGAUGCUGCGAUCUUCAACAAUGUUACAAAUACCGUUACUCCAACAAUAGGAGGAGGAACCACGUCAUCUCCGUCUACAAUGGGCUCAUAUGGCUUCAAGCAUGAAUCACCAACGAUCAUCUUAGUAUCCAUUAUGGUUUUUGUACUAUUUUCCUUGUAUUUUCAGUAAGUGUUUUUGAUGUACGUCUAGAGCUUGUGUCACUCACUGAUCUUAGCAGUCACGAAUCACGAUCUUAUGUGAGAUUUAGUUUAUGCAUACCAAUAACUUGUUUAUCUA